GUCGCACUCCGCGAAGCCAACGCUCAAUACACGCAGUGCGACGUUGACUUCGAGAACAAACCCGACUGGUUCACCAAGGUCAACCCAGCAGGAAAGAUUCCCGCAAUAACCUACGGAGGCCCCGUCGUCCCACCCUCAGACCCCUCCCCCGAGUCGAUAAAGCUUGCUGAAUCCUUGGUUCUGCUCGAGUUCAUCGCGGAGCUGUACCCCGCCGCUGGGCUCAUGCCCUCUGACCCCGUGCAGAGUGCCCAAGUGCGCCUGUUCGUGAGCACGAUCGAUGGUGUCUUGUUCCCCGCGAUGCUCGCGUGGAUCCUCGGUACCGGAGCCGUGGAGGGCGUUGUGAGUGCGCUGAAGGCGGUGCAGGCCGUGUUGGAGGAGCACGGGCAGGGACCGUAUUUCUUGGGAGAGCGGUUCUCGAUCGCGGAUAUCGCGCUGGUGCCGUUUUAUAAGCGUUUGGUGCUCAUCACACAGAAGCGGAUCGGGGCGGACAAGCGCGGGGAGGAGCAUACGGGUGUGGUGAGGCGGGCGCUGGAGUCUUCAGAGUUAGCGCGGCUAAGGAACUAUGCGGAUAGAUUGAUGGAGAGGCCGAGUGUGGGGGAGAAGUUUGACGAGGUGAGCACGAACGACGAUGGUUCUGCACGCAUGUUUUGCUGA